CCACCACCACCAUCAUCUGUUGAUCGGAUUGGAGACAAUUAAGCGCAUUAUCAUGAGCCGCCGCGGUCCGACUUACAGGUGAAGUUUGAGGAGAUUGAAAUGAUUCCAAAGUCAGGAAAGUCUCCAGCAGACUCUCGGAAAAGCGUCGGUAUCCAUGAGUUUGCUGCACUCGCACGGUCCUCCUUGAAUGGUUUAUCUCAGGCUGUGAGGGACCAUGUGACGAAGCCCACCUCGCUGGCUCAGGGCCGCGUCGCACACCUGAUCGAGUGGAAGGGAUGGCCCAAACCUGCAGGCCCCUCGCCGGCCGCCCAAUCCCAGUUCAGCUCCUACUGCCAUCUGACUGAAGGGGAGAAGGAGGCUCGCUUCGCUGCAGGAGUGGCCGAGCAGUUCGCCAUCGCUGAGGCCAAGCUGCGGGCCUGGGCGUCUAUAGACGACGACGAAGAGGAGGACUCCAACGAUGAAGACUCCCACGUCCACAGACAGACUCACGCCUUGUCCAGCCAGAGCUCAGACGCCGCCAUGUGCAAUCUCGCCACCGAAACGCCACUCCGGCCUGAGGUGGAUGGCGGCGGGGUGGCGCCCGCCCACAGUCCGGUGGGCUCCAGCAGCAGUCUGCUCUGUGGGGGGCCUCCCCAUUCACCCCAGACCGACUCACCCACUUUACCUAGCGACUGCAUGAGUCCAUUCGAGGAGGAGGAGGAGGAGGAGGAGGAGGAGGAGGAGGAGGAGGAGGAGGAGGAGGAGGAGGAGGAGGAGAGGCUGGACGGCCUCGAGGAGGAGUUGGCUCCAUUGCAGCGCAGCGACGUCUGCGUACACAACAAGCCGGAGUGGAGGCCCCGCUGCAGGAGCAGCAGGUUCGACUCCUGCUACUCCACCUCCCACUCCGAGUCCCCCGGCGAGGAGGACGAGGAGGACGAGGAGGAGGAGGAGGAAGGCAGCGUGUUUCACGAGGUCCGCGUCUGGCACUGCAGCCCGAGGAGCUUCUUCUCCGACCGGGCGUCCUCCGGCGUGGCGUCGUUCGACGAGGAGGAGGAGCGAGAGGACACGGAGGAGAAGAAGGAGGAGAAAGAGUAUUUGAUGUGAUGUGUCGUCCAUCUUUAUGUCUCUUUGGGUCUGUGUUGAUUCUGGAUAUGAGAUCAUCUAUUCUCCUCGCUGUAAACCCGUUCCUCCCUCCUCCUCCUCCUCUCGCUGCCUUCUCUCCCUCAUCCUCCAGGCCUUUCAUACGCCGACCUCGCUCCACUGUUUUGCGCCGCUGUAAAGAGUAUCUAUGUCGGAGAGCUCCACCAGAUUGUAAAGCUGUUGUUCAAACUGAGUUUUUGUACAUUUUUGUGAAGAAGUCACGUGUUGCUAUUGCUAUUGGUUUUUCUAUGGAUAUUUUGUAGUGUUUCCGUUUCAUUUCUGGGUCAAUCUGUGUCAUGUGGGUCGGGCUAUGUUUGAUAUUGAAAGCCUCAAUGUCUUGCAUAUAUAAAUAUGGAUUUUUUGAAAGAAGAUUACCAGUUGUUGAUUGCUUUUUUUUCUCCCCUGCCCACAAACAAAAACACAUAAUUAUUCAUGAAAAAAAAAAAAAAACAUAUCCAAAAAGCACAAUUUCUCAUCUGAAACUUCCAGAUUUUGAUUGUUU